UACAGGAGAUCUCGGCCAGGCUGGGAAUGGAUUCCACGCAUAGCAGCGCAAGUCUUGUCCAGUUUGAUCCAGCCACAACGCGUCAGCUGGACGGGCCGGCAUGAUGUCAUUUCCGGUGGGACCGGAAGGACGCGGCCGGAAACCGGGCGACGCGGCUGGAGGCGGCGGGUCCACAACGCGUCAGCUGGACGGGCCGGCAUGAUGUCAUUUCCGGUGGGACCGGAAGGACGCGGCCGGAAACCGGGCGACGCGGCUGGAGGCGGCGGGUGUGUUUCCACAAAACUCUGGAAUAUUUACUUGAAGAAUGACGGUUUGGAAGAAAAUAAGGAAUUCCUUAAAAUAUUACUGAAGACGCCGAAGAAUGCGGUACUGGGAAGGAACAGCGAGGCCACGGUGGAAAUCAUGGAUCCAAGAGGAGGUCAAUGCAGAGCCCGAAAUGUGAACACGAGAGAGGUGUCCUUACACGCAGGACACGUCGGCAGCCCCGCAAGGCAGCACCUCAGCAAUGACGGGGAGAAAUCUUCCUACGACGCCAGAAUUUCAUCUCCAAAGAUCACCCAGAUCCUCCUGCCCAACACGCGUGCAUCCGAGCAUUCCAGAAGCCAUCUUUAUCAUUUCGGCCCGGACUCCGGCAGCGAGCUACCCUCACGUCGCCCAGGGCAACAGCUACAUCUCCCUGGAAGCAGCGUUCUCGUACGUUCAUUUAACUUUCUUAAAAGAAAAAAAGGAAGAAAAAAAAAAGCAUUAAUAACUCUAGGAAUAAAUGAGAAGUAUCACGGGAUCAUCCCAAUGAGCGGACCUCAACCGACCAAUAGGAGAGGAGAUGUCUGGCUGGUUGGCGCUGGGCCAAGUCUUUCUCAAGAUCCUGAGGAGCGCCCCCUGCAGGACUCUGCUCCACUGGACUCUGUGCACAAGUCAAGUAAUGAGACACAGCAGAUACGGGAUAGAAAGCUCAGGGAAUGUCCGGCAGGGUGGACCCUUCAUCAGAAACACUGUUAUUAUCACAACACUCUACAAAAGUCCACCUGGGAGGGGGCGGAGCACGACUGCGCACAGAGGUCUAACAGCCAUCUAACCAGCGUGCAUUCGGAGGCAGAUAUGAGCUGGCUCUGGAAGUUUGCUGGGAAGAAGCCAUUUUGGAUUGGUCAAUGCAGAGCCCGAAAUGUGAACACAAGAGAGGUGUCCUUACACGCAGGACACGUCGGCAGCCCCGCAAGGCAGCACCUCAGCAAUGACAGGGAGAAAUCUUCCUACGACGCUGGAAUUUCAUCUCCAAAGAUCACCCAGAUCCUCCUGCCCAACACGCGUGCAUCCGAGCAUUCCAGAAGCCAUCUUUAUCAUUCCGGCCCGGACUCCGGCAGCGAGCUACCCUCACGUCGCCCAGGGCAACAGCUACAUCUCCCUGGAAGCAGCGUUCUCGUACGUUCAUUUAACUUUCUUAAAAGAAAAAAAGGAAGAAAAAAAAAAGCAUUAAUAACUCUAGGAAUAAAUGAGAAGUAUCACGGGAUCAUCCCAAUGAGCGGACCUCAACCGACCAAUAGGAGAGGAGAUGUCUGGCUGGUUGGCGCUGGGCCAAGUCUUUCUCAAGAUCCUGAGGAGCGCCCCCUGCAGGACUCUGCUCCACUGGACUCUGUGCACAAGUCAAGUAAUGAGACACAGCAGAUACGGGUACAGCAAAUGCUCAAAUCGUAAUCGUGCGGCGUAAU